AUGUUGGUGUUCUGCGGUAUUGCAAAUCCGCUUCUGUUGUGGGAGAAAUAUCGGCAUCUUCUGUCCGAAGACUUCCUAAGAGCUCCGAGAUGCACUACUGGAGAUAAUACUGAGGCAACUGAUGAGCACGUUCUAAAUAGUUGCCUUAGUUCACUUCAAGACAUGGUCAUUUCGAUCGGCGGCAGUUCUCUGGUGGAUUAUGGGCUACCGUCUCCACAACAUCUGGAUGUACAAGAGCGUGGAAACAGAGAGUACAACUCUGAAAUAAAUUAUGAUCCAAGAGCUAUGAGUACCGUCGUCAAUGACCAUGUCUGUAAGUUUACCUCAGAGCAAAAGCAAAUUUUCGACACCAUCCUUGAAAGUGUUGGGCUCGGCCAAGGACAGAAUACAGAUGUUACAGAAGCUAAAACCCCACAAAAACUAAGCAAUGUGACAAAAUCAUGUUCAUUAAAAAAAACUUUGCGUACUGAUGAAAACAUAACACAGAGAAAGCCAAGAGUGGGUAAACACAUUUCAAUUGAAGAUUUAUCAAGUAAUGAGAUCUUAGAAAACUCCACAUUCUUAGACGAUAUUUCACAAAGUUUACCUAAUUUGACAACCACGGAAAGCUCCCUGAUUAAUGAUCUAAGGAAUGAAAUACAUGCGCUUUCUACACAACUAUCUAGCGCACACAACGAAAAAGAUUUAUUAAAUUUGGAAAUCACAAAACGUCAAAAAGAAAAUUACUGA